AUGAACAAAAAUGGAACAGAGCUUUUUUACUGUGUCGAGCGAGAAAGACGAGCUCGAUGUGAUGCAGCUCAUCUUUUCGACAGAAGGAACAACACGUUCACUGUUAAGAAGCAACAUGUGAGACACGACGAGGAUUUUGUCAGAAGUGAAGCAUUCCUCGUGCGCCAGGAAUUGAAAAAAUGUUCGAAUGACGGAAAACCCCGCGAAGUGGUUGAUGAUGUUAGAGCCAAGUUCUCUGUAGUUGCUUCAGUUGCUUGUGGAUCCUAUGACGCAAAGCGAAAAAUCAUUGACACUGCGAAAGGAAGAAAAGAAGACGAUGUUAUUGAGAUGGAUAAGGGUGGAAGCAUUGCAAACGAGUUCUCACAAACUAAAGAUGGACAGAGGUUUCUAGUAAAAGAUGAGCAGUUUCAAACAGCAACUGGCUCAUCACGGAUUCUUCUGAGCUAUGGCAAAAAUGCCGACACAUACCUUUUGUGCUCUGAGCAUCAUAACUCGAGAGCCCGACUUCCAACAGUUUUCAAAAUUUUUUUGGUGCAUAUGUGGACGUUGAAAAUCAUUUGA